UGAGAAGAGUGAUCCAGGCCUGGUCAGCCAGAGUUAUUGCCCUGAAUGGAGACACCCCAAAAAAGCUGUUUUGAACAUUGGAACUCAAUCGCAGGGUGAAUCUAAGUUGUAUCAGGAAGCUUUAACUUGUAAGCCACUGGACCUAUCUUCUCCAAUACUUCAAUUGCUCGACAGAGAUCAUCUCCCUGCUCCUACGUAUCCCCAGGAGUCGCAGGAGCCAGGAUUUGCAGAGGGGCUAGGGUUGCUGGGUGAGGCGCGCUCAGUGAGCGUGGUGGGAAGAAGGUGGACGGGGGGUUGCGCUGCACGGAUCUAG